GCUCAGCCAAUGCCGACAGCAGCAGCAGCAGUAGCAACAGGUGCAGCCAGAGAAGGGGCGCUUGCUGGAAACAGAUAUGAUGUGGUACCGGGCGAUGAUGUGCCACCUCCAGCACCAACUUCACAACCACCACCAAUGCGUUUCAGUGGUGUACACAUUGAAAGAUACGAUGAGCCACCUCUUGAGGCAGCACAAGUGACAACAACAGUACCACAAGGUGAUCCGCUUUCUCCGCCAACACAUCCGCUUGGCUCAACAGGCAUCACAGCUGUUGCUAUCUAUGAUUAUCAGAAACAGGAUGACGAUGAAAUAAGCUUCGAUCCAGACGAUAUUAUUACGAACAUUGACAAGAAUGUUUUCGGAGUCUAA